GAAACGGUUCUGCAUGUCAUGUCAGUCGCGUCAUUUUAACAUUGGGCAAAAAGUCGUUCCAAAGUGCGUAAACAAAAUUUUAUUUGCAUAAUUGAAUAAUAGUUCUAUGCUGAUGAAAAUUGUUAGUUUCAUACUUUAACUUCAUAGUUAGUAUGAGUCGGGACUUUGUGUUCACUGAAGAGGCUUCUUUAUCUCCUAUAGAGGAUCUGACAUCUAAGCAGAUAUUGAGAUGGGAAAAAGUUAAAAUAUAAUCCCAAAGUAUUAUUUGAAAAUAUCCGUUGAGAGCGGAACUUCUGAUUAUGGAAAACAAUCAUUCCAUUAACAGUGACACCUAGCGGCACAAUAUAGAACUAACUUUGAAAAGAAAAUUAUUAUAAAGAGACAGCAAUACAAUCAGCUUGACUCAACGCAAGUGCUACCAAACCAGAACCAUAACCAGUUAAAAUGUUGCGACGGAUCAUAACUAUCGUUGCGGUAAUCAGCAUUGUACACGCAAAAAACGACCGUAUACCAAACUACAGAAAUGUAAUGACUGAAGGAGGUCUCGUCAGGGGAACGAGGGCGGAGAGCGAGGAGUAUUUCGCCUUCCUCGGAAUACCUUAUGCCGCUCAACCUACGAGCUAUAAUCGCUUUAAGGCCCCGCUCCCACCCUUACCAUGGGACGGCAUUUACGAAGCGAAUCGCACCGUCAAAUGUCCUCAAAGAGGCAAAGGCGACGAAAAUUGUCUCGUUGUUAAUGUGUUCACCCCUGUCAAAGACCCAAAAAACCCUCUACCUGUAUUAGUUUAUAUUCAUGGGGGCUCAUUCCUAUUGGGAACCGGGCAGACAAGUGGAGUGGGACCUUUGAUAAAAGAAGAUAUUAUUGUGGUAACAAUGAACUACAGGCUUGGAGUACUAGGCUUUCUUUGUCUAGGUAUUGAAGAAGCUCCAGGAAACGCUGGCUUGAAAGACCAAGUUGCAGCCCUAUUGUGGGUUAGGAAUAACAUAAAAAACUUUGGUGGCGACCCUGAAGAUGUAACCAUUUAUGGAAUGAGUGCCGGCGGAGCGGCAGUUGAGUAUCAAGUCCUGUCCAAAAUGGGAUAUGGUUUGUUCAAGCAAGCUAUUGUCGAAUCUGGAGCGGCGACGUCAGUCUGGUCGUUUGAUGCUAACCCCAUAAAAACGGCAAUCGACAUGGCCCAACUAUUAGAUUUUCCUAAUACAACUAAUGUUUACGAAAUGAUUGACUAUUAUAGAUCAGUUCCAGCUGAACUAAUAAGCGCCAUGAACUAUGAUUAUUACAACAGACUCACAGAUGGUACGUUUGGAUUCGUGCCAUGUGCUGAGAGAGAAAUACCAUACAUAGAAGCCUUCAUAACCGAAUCACCAUACGAAAUAUUAACUAAAGAGAAAUACAACAAAAUUCCGAUGAUGUUCGUAUUUACGACACUUGAAGGUUUAUUUCUAAGAAGUUCAGAAUUCUACGAGCAAAACUAUAAAGAUAGGAUGCAGACGAAGUUUCUUGAUUUCUUGCCAGCAGAUCUUGUCUUUGACACUUGUGAGAUCAAACAAGAUAUCGCUACAAACAUUAAACAUUUCUAUUUCGGCAACAAAACCAUCGGAGACGAUACUAUCAUUGAAUAUUUAAACUAUUUUGGCGAUUCGUUAGUUUUAAACGCUUUCUUUAAUUCCGCUGAGAUACAUUCGAAGAGUAAUCCAGUUUAUUUGAUGGAAUUUGCGUAUAAAGGUGGUAUGGGAAGCUAUGAAGAAUUUUAUAAGAAUAUAAAUAUAGCUGGACAUGGGGAUGUUGUGAAGCAUGUUUUUUUAAACAAACCUAUAAAUGAUGAAAGUGACAAACUCGCCGUGGGCAGAAUGGCGAAAUUGAUAGCGAAUUUUGUUAAAUUUGGAAACCCUACAACCUGUAGAACAGAACUGCUACCGAUCUUGUGGCCACCAAUUCAGCCGAACAAUGUCACCUGCCUACACUUUGACAGAGAUUUGCAAAUUAUCGAAGAGCCUUACUGGGACAGAAAGACGUUCUGGGACCAACUCUACGCUAAAUUCAGAAGACCAACGAGUUUCGACAAAAGUUAAAAGUAAAAAAGAGUAAAAUAUUUAUUUUUAUGUCACUUUAUUUUUUAGUAGCCUUUUUUAAUAAGUAAAAUUCUAUUCUCGAACAAUAA